CGAUAGAUUAAACAAAUCUUUAUCUACUGCAAUUAGAACAAAACAGAUGUAAUUCACGCCUUUGGCGAUUCAAUAAGGAAUAAAAGAAGAAAAAGGCGAGCGUAACAUUAAUAUUUCACGUCGGGUUUUCAUCUCCUAAACGUCAUACAUGUUCGUACAACGCGUAUGUGAAGCGAACGCGAUGAAUUCGAUGCGCUUUAGCGCGUAACGUCGGAGCAAUGGCCAGCCCGAGCAAUAUCUUUGUUGAUUGAUAUGUGCUACGGUGUGGAUUAUCGGGAGUUCGUACGGGAGUUGCUGUCCAAGGCGGUACCUGCAAUCUCACGACUUCCGCUUUGAUAAUAUUUUAUCGCCACGCGUAUCGGGGCGCGAUGAUAACUGCGUAGGUGAGUCUUUGGUUAGCUCGUGCAGACUGCCGACAGAUGGUCUACGAGAAUUCUCCUCUUCGUUGAGCUUGCAGUGUCGUGUUUGACUUGGCGAGUGAACUUUUUGAAUUAUGUAUGCGAAUACGAGUUGCAUUUACAAGAAUACCUUUUCUUGUGAGGAUUGACAAAGCGAAAAAUCGAACGCGUGUCGAACAGCUCUCUCUCUCUUUCUUUCUCUUCGGAGGAGCAACAUGGGAGAUCAACAGCAACAGCAGCAGCAGCAGCAGCUGAAUAAUCUAAUCAAAUGGUUGGACACGUUUGACCUUCAAGCGCCGCACAACUCCGCAGAGGAUAUAAGCGACGGGGUUGCGUUGGCGGAGGCCUUAGCCCAAAUCGCGCCUGAAUGGUUCACGGCAGUGUGGAAGGCUAAGAUCAAGACCGAUGUGGCUGCCAAUUGGCGUCUGAGGGUAAGCAACAUGAAGAAGAUCGUGGAGGCUGUGAUGGAGUAUUAUGUGGAGUGCUUGAAUCAGCAGCUGUCUGGUUACAUCAAGCCAGACGCAACCAAGAUUGGUGAACAUUGCGACACUGAUGAGCUACGCCGUUUGCUGCAGCUAAUUCUAGGCUGCGCUGUGAAUUGCGACCAAAAGCAGCAGUAUAUUACCAGGAUAAUGGGUAUGGAGGAGACUGUGCAGCAGGCAAUAAUGCAGAGCAUUCAGGAGUUGGAGAGCAGUGUCCACGGUCCUAGAUUGAGCUUAGGCACUAGUCUGAACUUUGAGACUAUGGAUGUGGCUGAUGGUAUCCAGCAGAGACUGUAUGCUGAGCUACAGGCAGCGGUGGAUAUGAAGGAUCAGCUGGCGCAGCGGUGCCACGAACUCGAUCAGCAGUUGUCGCUGUUGCAGGAGGAGAAAGCUGCGCUGAUGGUGGAGAACAAGAAGCUACAAGAACGACUGGACGAAUUUGAGAAUCCAGAGGAGUCUGGCUCUAUCCUCAAGUAUUCUGGUCUGCGCAAGCAGGCAGAGGCACUCAAGGACGAGCUAUUUAAGGUAGAGACAUCCAGGGAUGAUUACAGAUUGAAAGUAGAACUGCUAGAGAAGGAAGUAUUGGAACUGCAGUCCAGGCAAGAAGAUCUGCAGAAGGCUGCUGAUGAAGCCAAUCAUUUGAAGGAUGAGGUGGACGCCUUGAGAGAGACCGUCGACAAAGUGGCCAAGUAUGAGCUCACGAUAGAGUCGUACAAGAAGAAGAUGGAGGACAUGGGUGACUUAAAGAGGCAGGUGAAGAUAUUGGAGGAUAAGAACCUUGAGUAUCUGCAAGCCAAGUUAGAUUACGAGGAGGAGACGAAGCGCACGACGAUGCUGCGGAACCACUUCGAAGCCUGCAAGCAGCAGCUCACGGAGACUCAGCACAAGCUGGACGAGAUGAGCGGCAAGUAUGACCGGCUGGUGUGUGACGACAAAAAGAGGGAGGCGAGGAUGAACACUCUACAACGCGAGAGGGACCGAUUGGUCAUUGAGAGAGACGCGCUGAGGGAGACGAACGAGGAGCUCAAGUGCGCUCAGCUGCAAGCCGCCGAGAACAUGGCGAAACCCAGCAACGUCGACAGCAACAGCGUCGCCGGUACGGAGAUGAUCCCAUUAGAAGUGAAGGAGAAGCUGCUGUGCUUGCAGCUGGAGAACAAGAUGCUAAAGGCGCGGCAGAAGGGCAACGAGGAGAAGCUGCCGAGCGUGCAGGCGUUGCUCGACGACUCGGAGGAGCGUCUGAACGCGUUGCGAGAACAGAACCGCAAGGCGAAUCAGAGGAUAAUGGAGCUGGAGGGCAAGUUGGAAGAGAUCAGCGGCGCGACGCAGUCAUCCAACGGCGACAGCAAGAGCGACGCCACGGGUCUCGGGCAAAAGCUCGCGCAGCUGAAGGACGAGCUGCGAAAGGCGCAAGCGGAGAGGGAGCGGUUGACACUACAGCUCGAGGAGCGUGAGGCCGCUCUGCAGGUGCAGAGGCAGAAGGCAAUGGCCCUUCAGGAAAAGCUGACCCGCAAGGAGUACGAGGACGCAGCGCGCGAGGAGAACUACAAGAAGAACGUCGAGAAGGCCAAGAGCGUCAUCAAGAGCUUAGAGUCUUCCAAGCACAGCCAUUCCCCGAACGAGGCUGUGCUGCGCAGCCAGUUGCUAGAGCAACGCAAGAUGAUGGAGGAAAUGGAGCGCACCGUGAAGGAAACCAAGUUGCUGCGGGAGUUGGAGGAGAAGAUGAUGGUAUCUGCCUUCUACAAGCUGGCCCUGUCCGUUCACAGAGACGUAGUGGAUCAGCGGCUCGCGGCGCUCAGUUCCGGACAGGGUCAUUCUUUCUUAGCCAGGCAGAGGCAGCCCUCGGCGAGGCGUCAUUCGCCUUACAAUUCGAAAUAAGAGGACUCGCAAGCCGAUUUCUCGCUUUUAGUAUUACAUGACGUAUUACAUGACGAGACGCUAAAUGAGAUGCUUUACAAACGAAAUUGUUCGUAAUGUGAUGGUGGAUCAAUUGCGAAUACAUUGCGUUAACGGGCUGUUCGUUUAACAUUCAUCUCAAAGCGCUAAUUAACGACGCUUGUUCAGGUAUUCAGGUAUCACAAUAUCGUACGUUAUUCUCUGAUUACAAUUACUCCCUUUACAAAUUCAAUCUACUUUGAUAUAAACAUAAUUGAACGGCACGAAGCAAAAAUUAUGUAUCUUUGUCUUUUGGGAUUGUAAUUUUCCGUAAAGACUGCGGACAAUGUCACGUGCGAAUCAUGGACGUAAGUUAUUAAGGAUGCAUUAUCUGUAUAGUCACUGAAGAUUAGAAAUACGUCAAUAUUUCGCGUAUAAAAUGGUGGAUAUAUAUAUAUGUGGUACAGAGAGUUGAAUAACGUGUUUUGACUUUAACAUUACAUUUUUUACAAUUUAUUUCUUUUAUUUAUUAUUCCUGAUUUUAUGCUUGAAAGUGACAUGAUUUUUCAUCCAGACUCUAAGUCAAUGUAACGGUUUUUCAUCCAGACUCUAAAUCAUAAAAACGGUGGAUAUAUAUGUGGUACAGUUGAAUAACAUAUUUUUACUUUAACAUUUUUUAUAAUUUAUUUAUCUUAUCAUUCCUGACUUUACUUUUGAAAGUGAAAUAAUUUUUUUUAAACUCCAGACUCUAAAUGUCAAAUUGUUGUUGAUCACUUUUACACACAAUACAGAUUAAUCUUUAAUUUUUUCAUCUUUUUUUAGUUUUUAAAGUUUUGGCAAUUUAUCCUUAAUUUUUGCAUACUGUUUUUAAAUAUUAAUUCCGUUAUUUGUCUUCCUAUGUAAUCUAUGUGCCUAGCUUUUACUCUGGAUCCUCUGCCACAAUUUUCUAAUUUAUUAGAUACUUGUCAACGUAUGUUCCUUUGUUGUACCUUUAAUAUGUAUUUAAAAGAAAGUAAAUAUGAACAUUUCUUUAAUAGUUAGAAAAUCUUAGCAUAUUUCAAAAUUAUAUUUAAAUCGCAAAUAUACCAUAUUUAUUUAAUUUUCGUUUUGGGCUAAAAAACAAAGGAUGUAUAUUAAGCACAAAUUGUAAAUAUAGAAAUAUAAUUAAAAUGGGAAUAUUGCGUGGAGCGUUGCGAAUAUCUUAUAAUGUCUAUGAACAAAUCCGAUUCCAUCCAUGAUUAUUUUAAUUGUGUCGACGAUGAACUACCAUCGGUUCUAUUGUAUACAAUGUUGAUACUUAAUUUGACAGUGACCAACGUUAUAUAUACAUAUGUCCAUAAACAUUGUUGUCUGCCUCGUGCAAUAAUAUCUAAGGAAACAAUCUAUUGUAAAUAAUGUACAUGUUGCUAUACACAUAUUUUGGACCUUACAGAGAAAGAGAGAUAUACAUAUUAUAUAUAAAUAUAAUAUAAUGAACUCAAAUCGUA